UGUCUGUUUCCUUUUCCCAGGCAGUGCAAGCCCAGCUUUGCAUAACGCUGAGCCCUUCAUUCAAAACUGCCCAGGGACUGGAGUGUAAGGAGAGGCAGGAUGAAGACGCCUCAUCAUGAAGAGAAAGAAGGAAAAUGUUCUAAGGCCAGGAAGCCCAAUGGUCUCAUUCUCAGCAAAGAUGCUAACAAGGGAGAGGAAGCCCAGGCCAGGGUGUGUGAGAACAACCUCUGCGUGCAGUAUGAGGAGAGGGUGCGGCCCUGCAUCGACCUCAUCGACUCCCUGCGGGCCCUGGGCGUGGAGCAGGACCUGGCCCUUCCCGCCAUCGCUGUCAUCGGGGACCAGAGCUCGGGCAAGAGCUCCGUGCUGGAGGCUCUGUCAGGAGUCGCCCUCCCCAGGGGCAGCGGCAUCGUCACCAGGUGCCCGCUGGUGCUGAAGCUAAAGAAACUGAGGCAGGAAGAGAAGUGGAGAGGCAAGGUCAGCUACAUGGGCGUUGAGGAGGACAUCCCGGAUGAUUCCAAGGUGGAAGGGGCAAUCAUCAAAGCCCAGGAUUUGAUCACAGGGAACAGGCUGGGCAUCAAGGAUGAGCUCAUCAGUCUGGAGAUCGGCUCCCCCAGUGUCCCGGAUCUUACUCUCAUCGACCUUCCUGGGAUCACCCGGGUGCCUGUGGGCAAUCAGCCUGCUGACAUUGGUCGCCAGAUCAAGCAGCUCAUCAUGAAGUACAUUGAAAAGGAAGAGACCAUCAACUUGGUGGUGGUCCCCAGUAAUGUGGACAUCGCCACCACGGAGGCCCUGAGCAUGGCACAGGAGGUGGACCCCAAGGGAGACAGGACCAUAGGAAUCCUGACAAAGCCUGAUCUAGUGGACAGAGGCACCGAAGACAAGGUGGUGGAUAUUGUGCACAACCUCGUGUGCCCCCUGAAGAAGGGCUACAUGAUUGUCAAGUGCCGUGGCCAGAAGGACAUAGAAGAGCGCCUGAGCCUGGCUGAGUCCCUGCAGCAGGAGCACACCUUCUUUGAGGACCACCCACACUUCAGGGUGCUGCUGGAGGACAGAAGGGCCACUGUCCCCUGCCUGGCGGAGAAGCUGUCUGUCGAGCUCAUCACACACAUCUGUAAAUCUCUACCACUGCUAGAAAAUAAAAUAAAGGAGAACCACCAGAAAACAACAGAGGAGCUACAGAAGUGUGGCAAGGACAUCCCAGAUGAUGGCAAUGAGAGAUCACUCUUCCUGAUAGAGAAAAUCAAUGCAUUUAAUCGGGACAUUAAUGCUGUAGUCCAAGGGGAGGAAAAUGUGGGCAUGGAAGGUACCCGGCUAUUUGCCAGCCUCCGAAACAAGUUCCAAAAGUGGAAUUCCACAAUUGCGAACCUCCUUAAAGAAGGUUAUGACAAUUUACAAAAUGAUAUCUUGAAAUUUGAAAACCAGCAUCGUGGCAGAGAGCUGCCUGGAUUCGUGAACUACAGGACAUUUGAGACAAUCAUGAAGAAGCAACUCCAGGUCCUGGAGGAGCCAGCUGUGGAACUGCUGCAUGAGUCCACCGAUAUGGUUCGCAACGCCUUCACAAUGGUUGCUGAAAAGCACUUCAGCGAGUUUUUACAUCUGCUCAGAACCUCCAAGAACAAAAUCGAAGACAUUCGGUUGGGCCAGGAAGAAGCGGCGGAGGCCGCGAUCCGCCUUCACUUUCAGAUGGAGCAGGUGAUCUACUGCCAGGACCAGGCCUACCGAGGCACGCUGCAGCAGACCAGAGAAAGCACGGCUCCUAUCCAAGCACGUCCUGCCUUUUCCAGCACUCUUUCAAAUAACUUUUCUACAAGCGAGAUUCUCCAACACCUGAUAGCCUACCACCAGGAGGUCAGAAGGAGCCUGAGCAGACACAUCCCCUUGGUCAUCCAGUACUACAUCCUGCAGAUGUUCGGCCUGCAGCUGCAGAAUACCAUGCUGCAGCUGCUGCAGGACAAGAAUGACUGCAGCUGGCUCCUGAAGGAGAGCAUCAACAUCACAAAGAAGAGGAAGUCCCUAAAGGAGCGGCUAACUCGGCUGGGCCAGGCCCGAUGCCAGCUCGCCAAGUUCCCUGUUUAGCCUGCCUCCGGAACCCAGGACAAGGCCCAGGCCUCUCCUGAUGGCUGCACCAGUGGUACAGCUGCUUAGGAGAUGCUUAGUAGGCAGAGGCAGAAGUGUGCUCUUUGCUUUUUGCACAGUAGUACUGGGGACCAGGAGGAGUUGAGACAGCAAUUUAAUUUCCAGCCAGAAGAGCACAGUGUGGAAGGGGACAUUGCUUAGAACUUAUUCAGAUAGCUUAGCCUUUAGCCUAGGCUCACAGAACUUCUAAAGGCUAUUUAAGGCUAGCUCCUUCUAUCCCCAGUCCAAUCCCUGCCCCCCAGCCCAGGCUUAAAGCUGCAGCCUUGCCCCUCUACUUGCCACCCUCGUCUGGCUAAUAAACCUUCCU